ACUUGAAAUUCAAGCCUGGAUUUUUUUUGACGAGAUUCUUAAACCUCACCCCAAUCAUUCAGCCUUUUCCUACUUAAACCCCCCAAAUCUCAACUGGGUUGACACCAUUGUUGCACCAAACCCAUCAAAAUCACAUCUUUACUAAGCUUUAAAAAAACCCAUAUUCAUGGCUGACCCUCACAUUAGAACAGAGGAACGCCCACCUCUCCCACCACUUCCCACCACCCCUCUUCUCGAUUCCAGCCAAACCCACCACCCAGAAGAUCAAGAGCUCGAAAUCAAAGAUACCCAGUUGGAUCUAACCCUUCAAAGCGUAGAAGCCUUUCUCACUCUGCUGGGUUUCAGCCAAUCUUCUCUAUUCAGCUUUGUUCUAUCUUGGUUUGGUUUUGUAGUCAUCGGAGUCUUGCUUCCGGUGCUUGUUCUUGUGAUUUUCAACUGUUCUGAUUGCGAUAAGUACCAGAUUGAGGGGUUUGAGCUUGUUAUUGUAGGCUCUCAGGCGUGUUUGGCUGCUGUGUCUUUGCUUUGCUUAUCUCACAAUCUUCGCAAGUAUGGCAUUCGGAGAUUCUUGUUUGUUGAUCGAUAUACCGGCCAUAUGGUUCGGUUUCGAAACGAUUACAUCAAGCAGAUUAAGGGUUCUUUUCGGUUGCUAAUUUGGUGGUCGCUGCCAUGUUUGCUGUUGAAGACUGUACGUGAAGUCGUCCGCAUGCUCUAUGUCCAUCAUGAUUCAUGGUGGCUGUCAUUUUUAAUUUUAUUAGCUUUUGUUCUAUCAUGGACAUAUGCGAGUACAAUCACCCUCACAGCCAGCAUUUUGUUUCAUUUGGUCUGCAAUUUGCAAGUAAUCCACUUCGAGGAUUAUGGGAGGCUCUUGGAAAGGGAAUCUGAUGUUUUGGUAUUUAUGGAGGAGCACAUUCGGCUACGGUAUCAUCUCUCUAAAAUAAGCCACAGGUUCCGGAUCUUCCUACUUCUGCAGUUCUUGGUUGUCACAGCAAGCCAGUUUGUGACUCUAUUUGAGGUCACUGGAUACAGUGGAAAGAUCACGGUCAUUAAUGGUGGCGAUUUUGCGGUCUCCACAAUUGUUCAGGUAGUUGGGAUUAUUAUUUCCUUGCAUGCAGCGACCAGAAUUUCUCAUAGAGCCCAGGCCUUAGCAUCACUUGCCAGUAGAUGGCAUGCAUUAGUAACAUGUAGUUCUAAUGAUUCAUCUCAGCAAAGAAAUUCAAACGGUAUGGGGAACUCUGAGGCUGCAAACUCAAUUAACUCACUGCAUCUCUCUUACUCUGAGAGUGAUUUGGAGUCAUGUGAUUAUCAUGUUUCAAUGCCUACAAAUACACAGCUGGCUUCAUAUAUGUCCUCAUAUCACAGGAGACAAGCUUUUGUAAUGUAUUUGCAAACUAAUGCUGGAGGGAUCACAAUAUUUGGAUGGACAGUUGAUAGAGCCCUUCUCAACACAAUCUUCUUCAUCGAACUAUCUUUGAUUACCUUUGUGCUUGGCAAAACAAUAGUUUUCUCAUCGACUUGACAGGUGCCCACUCUUACCCAACCACGUUAAAGUUGGGUAAUCGGCCGAACCAGCAAGAAAUUAUGGAUUUACAGGCCACAAGAAAUUAAGGUUUGCCUUUUCAUCUCUUUGAUCGAUUGUCUCGCCAUGACAUCUAUACGAAGCUCUUUGCAUUACGAUUUGGUUCUCAGAUGCUUCCAUCUUCUUGUUUGAUAUACAAUCCAAAGGCCACAGAGAAAUAGGAAGAGACUCGUUUGUUGUAAAGUUUAAAAUGAGAUACCCAGAGUCGGGCUUCUUUUGUUUAUAUCAGUCGCUGUAGCCAUUACAUGUGCACCUAUGUAUGAUGAGAAAGAAGUUGAAUCAAUUUUACAACCAUGUUUGUAUCUGGUAAA